GAGUGUUCUUUAGGAAGAACCCUAAAGAGGCGAGAAGGGCGUCCCAGGGGAUCGUCCAUUCGAAUUCAGGAUGAGCAAUGCAGAUCAACCAGAUCCUGCUGUGAAAGCUCCGUCGGCGCGCGUUGCGGAGCAUCUUGCAUCGCUCCCCGAGGAUGUGAAGCAGCGCGUCAAUUCGCUUCAAGAGAUCCAGAAAGAGCAUGACGAGAUCGAGGCGAAAUUCAAGAAAGAGAGGGAAGAGCUCAUCACGAAAUAUCAAAAUCUCUAUGCUCCGCUAUACGAGAAGCGAGCGAGCAUUGUGAAUGCUUCUUCAGCAGAGGAAACAAAACCGGACGAAGCCGCGAGCAACGGCGUGCCGGAGUUUUGGCUUGGAGCUUUGAAGGCAAACGAGAUUGUGGCAGUCCAGAUCACUGAAAGAGAUCAGGGAGCAUUGAAGUAUCUGAAGGAUAUCAAGUCGUACUACGUGAGCAGUCCGAAAGGCUUUAAGCUGGAGUUCUACUUCGACGAGAAUCCUUACUUCACGAACAGUGUCCUGACUAAAGAAUACCACAUGGAAGAGGAUGACGACGAGCCGAUUCUGGAGCGUGCAGUCGGAACCAAAAUCGACUGGAAACCCGGGAAGGACCUGACUGUCAAGCUGAUGAAGAAGAAGCCUAAGAAAGGCGCCAAGGACACCACCCCUCAGACAAAGUUGCAGGCAUGCGAGACGUUUUUUAACUUUUUCAACCCCCCUGAAAUCCCAGAAAACGAGGAGGAGAUUGAUCCUGAAGAGGCCGAGGAGCUUCAAGAUCUCAUGGAACAAGACUACGACGUGGGUGCCACAAUUCGCGACAAGAUUGUUCCUCAUGCCGUCUCGUGGUUCACCGGCGAGGCAGUGGAAUCUGACGAUGAGGCGGGAGACGACGAGGAUGACGAGGAUGAGGAAGACGAAGACGAGGACGACGAGGUGACUGACGAUGAGGAGGAAUUUGAUGCUAAGGAGGAAGCCAAGCAAACCGUGCCAAAGGAGUAGGCUACCUAGACUAGCUAGGAAUUUUUUUGAGUCUGUGAGAGGAUUUUGGUCGGGUAUACUAUUUUCUGUUCGUCGGCAAAGCAAGUAUUUUUGUUUUUGUUUU